AUGCCUUUUGGUUUAUGCAAUGCACCCGCAACCUUUCAACGGUGCAUGAUGGCCAUAUUCUCUAACAUGGUGGAAAAAUACAUCGAGGUAUUCAUGGAUGAUUUUUCUGUGUUUGGAGAUUCAUUUGAUGACUGUUUGGAUCGAUUGACUCUUGUACUGCAAAGAUGUGAAGAAAAGAACUUAGUGCUAAAUUGGGAAAAAUGUCAUUUCAUAGUAAAAGAGGGGAUAGUACUGGGCCACGGGAUUUCCUCAAAGGGCAUUGAAGUUGACAAAGCCAAAAUACAAGUGAUUGAAAAAUUGCAGCCUCCUAAUUCCGUUAAGGGGAUCAGGAGCUUCUUAGGACGCAGGGUUUUACAGAAGAAGAAGUUAACUUCGACACCUGUAAUAGUAGCACCUGAUUGGGAUCUACCUUUCGAACUUAUGUGUGAUGCUAGUGAUUUUGCAGUGGGAGUAAUGCUUGGCCAACGUAAAGGCAAAGUGUUACAUGUAAUCUACUUUGCCAGCAAAACCUUGACAGAUGCUCAGAUCAACUACGCAACAAUGGAAAAAGAGAUGUUAACAGUGGUCUUUGCCUUCGACAAAUUUCGUUCCUAUCUGAUUGGUUCAAAGGUGAUAGUCUACACUGACCAUGUAGCAUUGAAAUAUUUGUUUGAGAAGAAGGAUGCUAAACCUAGGCUGAUUCGAUGGGUUUUGUUACUGCAAGAGUUCGACAUAGAAAUUCGCGAUAAAAAGGGUACAGAAAAUCAGGUAGCAGAUCAUUUAUCAAGGCUAGAGCAACUCCGUGAUUCAAAUGAUGUGGAUAUUAAUGAGGACUUCCCAGAUGAGCAGUUAUUGCAGAUAGAAAAGGCUCCAUGGUAUGCAGACAUUGUUAAUUACUUAGCUAGUGGCUAUAUGCAUCCUGAUCUCACCUAUCAGCAGAAAAAGAAGUUGAUUCAUGAAGCGAAAUUUUAUUAUUGGGAUGAUCCAAAUUUAUACAGAAGAGGGGCAGAUCGGAUCAUUAGGAGAUGUGUGCCAGAGGAUGAGAUGAAACCUAUCCUUUCACGGGUUCAUGCUUCGGCUUAUGGAGGACACUUUGGCCUCACUAAAACAGCAGCAAAGGGGGUUGAUUUUAUGGGUCCCUUUCCAUCAUCUUACAACAAUCGGUACAUCCUAGUGGCAGUGGAUUAUGUCUCUAAAUGGGCAGAAGCUAAAGCAUUGCUUACAAAUGACGCGAGAGUAGUGGUGGACUUCAUAAACAAACACAUCUUUAACCUCUAUGGAUCACCUAGGGCCAUAAUAAGUGAUGACAAGUGGACAGGUGGAAACCUCGAACAGACAGUUGAAAAGAAUUCUGGAGCUCACUGUGAAUGCAUCUCGCAAGGAUUGGUCAAAGAAAUUGACGAUGCUUUAUGGGCAUAUCGCACUGCGUACAAGAUACCUAUUGGGAUGUCCCCAUAUCGACUAGUCUUUAGAAAAUCAUGUCACCUACCAGUGGAGUUUGAACAUAGAGCAUACUGGGUAUUGAAGCAGUUAAACAUGGACCUCGAAAAGGCUGGAGAAACAAGAAUACUGCAGCUACAUGAAUUGGAAGAAUUCAAAAGAGAAGCAUAUGAGAAUGCAGCCAUCUACAAGGAAAGGACGAAACAGUGGCAUGACAAAAAUAUCAGGCAAAGAAUUUUUGGAGUGGGAGAUCAGGUACUUUUAUACAAUUCCAGACUUAAACUGUUUCCAGGAAAGUUGAAAUCUAGAUGGUCCGACCUUUUUACGGUCUCUCAAGUGUUUCCCUACGGCACAGUUGAAUUACACCAUCUAACAAAAGGAAACUUCAAAAUAAAUAGCCAACGUAUCAAGCACUACGUAGAAGAUUUUUCCACCGCUAAAAAGAGCCUUGACCUAGCUGUACUAGAAUAA